AUGCCGAAGAUACGGACGACCAGAACUAAGAGGCCUCCUGAGGGGUUCGAGGAUAUAGAAGCGAUCCUCGACGACUACGCGAAGAAAAUGCGCGACGCUGAGAACGAAUCCCACGAAGGCAAGCGCAAGGCCGAAUCCCUCUGGCCCAUCAUGCGUAUAUCGCACACUCGUUCACGGUACAUUUAUGAGCUGUACUACAAACGCGAUGCUAUUAGCAAAGAGCUAUAUGACUGGCUGUUGAAAGAAGGAUAUGCAGAUGCAAACCUCAUUGCUAAGUGGAAGAAACCUGGAUAUGAGAAGCUCUGUUGUAUUCGGUGCAUACAGACAAGGGAUAUGAACUAUCAAGGAUCAACGUGCAUCUGUCGUGUACCUAAAGGCCAGCUGAGGGCGGGGACGAUCGUAGAAUGUGUGCAUUGCGGAUGUCGCGGAUGUAGUUCCGACUCAUGA